AUGGGACGCAAAUUAAAAGGAGGAUUCAAAACAAGACAACAGAAAGAAAGGUUAAAGAAAGUAUCUGCGGGAUUGUUAGAAAGGAGAAAUAAUGUCGACCUAGACCCCUCUGUCUUGCAGUUGCACGACCAUUGUUAUUCGUCUCUUGACAGUGUCCGUGAACAGAAUGUCCCUUCAAACGUCAAGUCAUGGAAUUCAGGAAGGCGUAUUGUAGAGCUUGGUGUACUCGCAGAGGGUCUGUCAGGCUGUAAGAAAUGUGGACUACCUCUGCAAUUGGCCUACGCAUCUGACAUUCUCAUAUAUGGAUUGUCAGCUAUUAUAAAGAUACCAUGUAAUAAUAUAAGAUGUCAGCACAUGUUCAAUGUUCAAACUGGAAAAAGACAUGACAAAAUAUGGGAUGCCAACACAAAAUUAGCUACAGCAAUGGUGCAUACUGGAAUUGGUGGUAGACGGGUUAAUUCCUUUUUAACUGCUCUAAAUAUCCCACCUGUGAGUAAUACCUUACUUAGUGCAAGACAAAAGGAAUCUGGAAGUGCCAUUGAAACAGUAGCAGAGACUACUAUAGCGGAAUGUUUAUCUCAAGAAAUAGAUAUCACUAAACAGAAAUUUGAUAGUAAUGAGUUGACUGAGUGUUGAUGGUGCAUGGCAAAAAAGAGGAAGUGGCAGGACAUAUGACAGUCUUUC